ACUUGGAAAGUGAUAAUGAAAUGGAUGUAUAUUGUAUGAUAUGUCAUAUUAUAGCUUAUAACUUAUAAGCUUAAAGCCUAACUUUAACAGUAAACACUCAACACUAAACAGUUAAAUAAUAUUCUGCAUAAAUAAUGGUUUUACUUUUUAGACGAAAUGAAGCUUUAACGGAUUCUUGUAAUUUUCAAAAGUACACUAUCAACUACCUAUAUAUUAAUGGUUCUUAUUUUAUAUCGAUAUUAUGAAAAACGUAUGGGUGUGCUCUACUUCCACUACCCACUACAAAUGAUGGGUCAUUUCGUUGGUUAAAGAUUAAGCUGGUUCUAUAUGCUAAGAUAAGUAUGGUAAAAAGAGUUUCUAAAUCUGAUUGGGAUGCAGAUCCGGAAAUUGGUGAACACGAAGUCAGAUAUUCAGCAUAUGUUCUCAAAUCAACAAAAAAAUCUAGAUUGUCACCAGAAAAAAGACCAUUUUUGCCAUAUGGCGUUGGACCAGUUGUUGACUGUGAAAUUGAUGAUGAUAGUGGAAAACCUGAUUAUUUAAGUUAUAGUAUAAUACCAAAAGAGAAUAAAGAAAAGAUAACAAAAGAACAAACAAAAGAAGUAAAACAAACCAAAAAAACACCUAAUUCAGAAUUAUCUCUAGACCAUGUUCAUAAGGUAAUACGUGAAUUAAAACUUCCUACAUUUCAAAGGAUUAUAAAACAAAAUAAAUUUGAAUUAAUACGAAUAGCAAAACGCCGUCCAGAUCGGUAUCAUUUAUAUGUAGCUAAACUUUUGCUAAGAACAAUAUUUAAUCCUGUUCAGAAAGUUUGGAUAUAUUCACAAAUAAGGGAAGUAUUAAAUAUCCCACCUCAUGAAUUUGCAAGUGUUAAAUAUGUAUACACCGUGUUAGCACCAGAAGCAGCUCUAAUGAUUUUAAAGAAUAAAUUCAAAUGCUUUGCCAAAAUAUGCGAUGAAAAUCAAUUGAAUACUUUGUCACUUUUAAAUAGUACAUUUUUUGAUGACCGAUUUGAAAAAGAUUUACAUUGUCGAACUUAACAAAAUAAUAAUGCAUUAUAAUUAUUAUGUAUUGUAAGA